ACCAGCGGAAGGAUGGAGAAGGUUCUGCUGAUCCUACUCGCUACAUCAGCUGACGCACAGAUCCGACUAGUUGGACCUUCUGUGUGUUCCGGGAGAGUCGAAGUCCAACAUAAUGGUGUUUGGGGGACGGUGUGUGAUGAUGCCUGGGACAUCCAUGACGCUGCUGUGGUCUGCAGACAGGCGGGCUGUGGGAGCGCGAAGAGCGCCCCCAUGAUGGCACACUUUGGGGAAGGAAGCGGACAGAUCUGGCUGGAUAAUGUGGGAUGUGUGGGAAGUGAAAGCAGUUUGCCUGAGUGUUCCCAUGCAGGAUUUGGAAAUCAUAACUGUGGACAUGGAGAAGAUGCUAGUGUCGUCUGUGAAGAGGUCAGAUUAAUCGGUCCAACAAGGUGCUCUGGAAGGGUGGAGGUUUACUCUAGCGGUUCCUGGGGAACAGUAUGUGAUGAUGCCUGGGACAUGAACGAAGCUGAGGUGCUCUGCAGACAGCUGGGCUGCGGACCGGCGGUGAGCGCACCGGCCAUGGCCCACUUUGGUCCAGGAACCGGAUCCAUCUGGCUCGAUGAAAUGGGCUGUUUAGGAAGCGAGAACAGCCUGUUUGAAUGCUCCCACCCGGGCUUUGGGACCCAUAACUGUGGACACAACGACGACGCCGGCGUCAUCUGUGCCGCUCCGGUUAGACUGUCUGGUCCAAGCAGCUGUUCUGGUCGGGUGGAGGUCUACGACGGCCAGAGCUGGGGAUCGGUGUGUAGCAGCAGCUGGGACAUGGAUGAUGCUGAGGUUGUCUGCAGGGAGCUGGGCUGUGACCGCGCCUAUGGAGCUCCCAUUAAAGCACACGCUCCAGCAGAUGGGAGCGUCCACCUGACUAACCUGCGGUGUUCUGGAUCCGAGGGCAGCCUGCUUGACUGUGAUCACAGCGGGUUUGGGUCAUAUAACUGUGAGAAUACGGCUGUGGCCGUCUGUGAAGUGAAAAAACAGCAUGUGGUGAGACUGAAAGUGCUGCCCAGCUCCUCUAUGGACCUGAACGACCCGGCUACGCAGGAGAGCCUGCUGCAGCAGCUGAAACAGAUGCUGAAGGAUCAGGGGCUGAAUGGAGACAUGAAGCUGACCUGGAGGAUCUCAGACGGAAGUAUCUUCAAAAAGGAUAAAAAGGACAAAGUUGAAGAGGAGACUCAAUAAAGUCUCCCUUUAUUGAGGUGGAAGAGCUGAAGACCCAACUUAAAAAAUCCUUAGAUCAUGAAAGCAUGUUUUGAUAAAAUGUUAGACCUUUUCAUAGCCAAACUCUGGAAUAGAGAGAAUAAGAAAAGCCAUUCUACUUCCACCUUUAAGUUCACCACAUGGCUCUGUGGCGCCACCACAUGGCUGCUCUGAGAAUGAGCAGGAACACACUGCAGGCUAAAACCUUGAGCCUGGAUCUACAGAGACACUAUUUACCAUGCAAACACAUUUCUGAAGGCCACAGAGAUCAGGUCAAGGAGGUUUUUAAACUGUACAUUGGAGCCCCGUCCUCCAGCAAGAAGGUUCUGGGUUUGAAUCCCUGCCUGCAAAUCUUUCUGCAUGAAGUUUUCAUGCUGCAUGCAUAGGUUCUCUCUGAGUUCCCCCUACAGAAACAUCAUCAUCAGGAUAUAAUGUGGUUUAAUUAUGUACCAUCAAAUAACUAUUGGUAAAAACAUACAAUUAGGAGUUUGAAUUUGUAAAUUAAAUUAAUUAAAUAUUUUAUGUUUUCAAUAUUUAUUACAUCAGGUGUUUUAUUUAAGUUUAAAAGUUACAACUUAGUGAAACUACAAGAAUAAAUCACAAAUUUAAGAGUAUGAAUCUAGCAGGAACCAGUUGGUGGCAGUAAUGCAACUGAACAGCCUCCAUUAAACAAGAAGAAGAUGAACAAGAAAUCAAAUGAAUCAAUCUAGGCUGAAUCCCAAACCGGGCCCUAACCACUGACC